GCGCCCUGGUGCUGCUGGCGAUGGAUAACAAGGCGGCGCAGGCCCUGGAAUGGGGAUUCCUGUUGUGGCCCAGCCUCCUGCUCACACUGGCAGUGGCGCUGCCGAUAGCUGCCGCAACAAACGUGCUCAAGCGCCGCUGCGCGUUCGAUUGGCCUCUGCGGCAGGACGGCGCGGCGAGCGGCGGCGGCGCCAAGCUUGCCACGGCCGCGGCGGCUGAGGGGGUGCGUCAGGAGCCCUGGGGUGCAGCGGAUGCCGACGCUUGGCGGGCGGCGGCGCUUGUGUCGCCGGGCGCGGCUCCCGGCGUGGGCAAGCGGCGCUAUCGGGAUUUCUGA